AUGCCACGCUGGCAAGAAAGUUUGGUAAGAAUUUUUAAUCAUCGGGGUGUAGAGAGGGGUUCGCGGGGGGUGUCGGGGGUGUGGGGGGCGGCGUCGCGGCGGCGGCCGGCAGUGCGCCGCGCGCGGCCGACGCGCCGCCCGCCCAGCAGUCGCCCGCGCUCGCCCGCGCCAGCCGCCGCGCGAUGCCCACCCGCGCGAGUAACGCCCGCGCGCUUUAACCCCGCGCGACACCGCACGAAACUGAAUAAGUUCGACAAAUCCUCCUCCUACCUGGACCACUACAUAGACGGACGAGUGUAUCUCGUU